UCUUUGGCGUACAAUUUCGCAAAGAAAAACAAUCAAAGACUAUGGUUUGGGGCCUUUUUCCUAUUGACCCACUUCCAGGUGAAGAUAAUUACUAUUUUUUCAAUAAAGGUGCAUAUAAAGUGGGUCGAAAAGGAUGUGAUGUCAUUGUCAACAAGGAUAAAGGAGUUUCAAGGAUCCAUGCAGAGAUUUUAAUAGAUGAGAUGAUUUCUUUGGAUCAUUCGUUGAAGAAGCCCUCAAAUAUUCUGUCUAAAGUACGUAUAAAAGACUGCUCAAAGUAUGGUACAUUCCUCAACAAGGAUCUGGAUUCAAAGGAGAAAGUUCAUGAGUUUCCAAAUAAAGAAACAAUGCUUAAGGAUGGGGAUCUAGUUUCUUUUGGAACUGGUAAUGCAACUUACAGAUUCUCCUAUGUGUCCUUCAUAUUUUUCAUUUGCUCCCCAAAGCAUUCAAAGACAAAUCAACUUAUUACAAAGAAGGUGUCAUCAAUAGGCGCCACUAUAACUAAAAAGUGGAGUUUGGACUGCUCACAUGUGCUUGUAGAUGACUCCUUUCCACUGACUGAGGAUCUGAUUGAUGCUAUUGUCGCUAGAAAACCCUUGGUUCAAUAUAGUUGGGUUGAGCUAAUUGCAGGGAAUAAUGUUUGUACCGAUAUUCCAAGCUGCAGCUCUCAUGCACCAAACUUGAUGCUGGAAGGAGUGUCCGUGAAAGUGGUAGACCCUCAGUCUAGGGAGUGUUGUUUGAAAGGAUAUACUUUUUUGUUGGAACCAGAAAACAAGUAUAAAUUUGAGGGCAGGUUGCAGUCCAUACUGGAAGUUGGGGGUGCCAAUGUUUCUUCUGCUGAAAUGGCCUUGGAGAAAAAUGGAAAUGACCGUCUGGUAUGUGUAGUUCCAGCAGGAUCAAGCAGCUUUAAGUGUUUUUCUAACCAAAGUUCCUUGCCUUCGGUGAGUGAAAUAGAUCUGGUUUCUGCGGUUCUAUCUGCAUACUUGGAUCCUUCUCUAAUCACAUCCCCACCGGUGCUCGUUACAUCUUCAUGCUCCACAGAUGAGACAGUGGUUGCAGACUCAGAUGCAGAAACAGAAAGUGCAAAAUCAGAUCACAUUGCUGCUGCUGUCUGUUCAAUAGAAUCUUCAGAGCAUGAAAGCAAGAGAACAACUUCUCCACACAAAUUAGAAUCUGUUGAAUAUUAUAACGAAAAUAAGUGUUCUGUUCAAAUAGUUAUACCUAGUGAUAAUGCAUCCAUGAGGGACACAUCUCCCAGUUCAACAAAACCUGGUAAACGUGAUGGAGGUCACAUACCCCAUGAUGAUGCUACCAUCCAUGACCCUGAAGGUGGUUACAUCAGGCGUUUAGGUGUCAAAAGUGAUAAUACAGUGGCAAAAGAAGAUAUCACUGAUGAGCGGGAAAAUGGGAAGUUGGACAUCAUAUAUAGCCAAGAUUUAAUUGUUAGAGAUUCUAUCAUGUCAUUACCAGUCUCUUCUUCAACAAAUGGUGGAGUUACAAACUUUAAGCGCUUCCGUAAGACAAAUGCUCCACCCCAGAAUAGCUUUGAGAUCUUCAUUCCGUUCUCCAAGUAUCCAUAUCAAGAAUCUGAGUGUAAGAAUGAGGAUGUUGCUGAAUCAAUUAAAGAAGAGAAAAAAAGAAAACAGAUGGAAGCUGUCGCCGAGGACCUGUUUAACAGUGAAAAGGGAAGACGACAUGGUGUAGCUGGUUCCUUGCAUGGGUUGUUUGCUCGUAGAUAAUAUGGUAAGUUUCUUUACAGAGCUGAAGAACUAUACCUUCUUUUCCUUAGAUGCAAAGCACAUGCAGCUUUGUGCUUUGUGGAGGGAGCGAAACGCUAGAUGCUUCAGAGAUAAAGGAAAUAUUAUUCAGAAGAUCAAAAUAGAUUGUUUAUUUUUGUUUUAUUUUUGGUGCAAAUAGAACUUUGUUAGUGAUGAUGAAGUUGUUAUAGAUCUUAUUGUAUCCCCUUAAGAAUGGAAAGGAUUUUUUUCUUUUCUUUCUUUUGGGCAGAUUAUAGAUUAUUUUGACAGCACUUUCUUGGUGCUUUUAUUUAAUUAUAAAACACUUACCAUUUCGAAAA